UACGAUGCCAUUGAAGUGGUUUGAGCAUGAAGUGAAACACAAGACCAAACUUGUCAAUGGAGUCAACAAAGCUCUUCCUUCCAUUCUUCACUCUCUCUCUUCUCUCAGGGCUAGGGUUAGCUCGUCAUCACCAUCAUCAGCAUCGCCAUCUUCAAACGAGCAAGCUCUUCGUGUUCGGGGAUUCAUACGUCGACACGGGCAACACUAGUCCGUCUGAUCCAAAUUAUCCAAAGACUCCAUAUGGGGUUACUUUUCCUGGGCAUCCCGAUGGACGUUUCUCGAAUGGUCGUGUUCUGACCGAUUACGUAGCAAGAAUUAUAGGCCUCAAAUCUCCAAUCCCAUAUAGAGUUGUGGAAAAGGAGGGAGUGGAAGGGGCAAAAGAUGGCGUCAACUUUGCUUAUGGUGGCACCGGUGUGUUCAAAACGGGGUAUGAUUUGCCAACAAUGACCACACAAAUUGACUUCCUACAAUACCUUAUUGCAAACUCUACGUUCACGCCUCAAGACAUUAACUCCUCCUUUGCCCUUGUCUCGGUUUCGGGCAACGACUAUUCUUAUUACCUCUCCACAAAUGGCUCGAUUAAGGGCUUUGUACCGCUCAUCGUACGAGUCGUAAAGCAAAUCGGAGUGAACUUGAAACGCAUCCAUAGCUUGGGAGUGAAGAAAAUAAGUAUAACAGCAUUAGGGCCGCUGCAAUGUGUGCCUGAAAUCACAUCAAGUUCUGAUUUCAAGCACUGCAAUUCAAGUCUAGCACUGUUGGUUGAUUUCCACAACCUUUUGUUACGACAAGCUGUGGACAAACUGAACAAGGAAACAAAUGAUUCUCCUUUCUUCAUUCUUGAUCUCCAUGCUGCAUUUUUAUCUAUAAUCCAAAACAAAGGAGACCCUCAAGGAAGCAUAAAAUUUGAAACCCCAUUGAAGCCAUGUUGCUAUGGAGCAAGCCCUGGGUAUUAUUGUGGGAGUGUGGAUGAAGAUGGGCAGAAGAAGUAUGUAUUAUGCGAAGAUCCUAACUCAGCCUUCUUUUGGGACGAGGUGCACCCAACUCAACAGGGAUGGAUUGCGGCGCUUACCUUCUUGAUCUCCACUAUGAAACAACAUGUGUAGACCAAGUGGGUCACCAUUUUAUGUUCUCUACUACCUUUGCCUCACUCAAUUCCUGUCUCUCUCUAUCAAUUUAAUAAAGCUUCUGGCUAAAGUUCUUGAA